ACCCUUUCCUUUUUUCCCCACUUUCUGUUUCCGCCAUUGUAGUGUCCAAAAAGAACAAAAUUUUUUUUAUCAAGAAUGGGGAAACUCAUCUGCGACUCAACAGCAUCGUCGCCGGUGAUUCCAUGGCGGGAUCCUACCUCUACUCCAUCAUCUAUCGACCUCGUUGACCAAUCAUCGCCGGCGAUCACCCCUGUCGCCGUCGUUGAUACAUCUUCCUGGGAAAAUGUUUCAUCUUUAGAGGACCAGCAGAGAAGGCAUUUGAUAAAGAUUCAGUCGAAAGGAGUGCUGUGGAAACAUCCUCAGGAUCAGAAUGCUUCUAUGGUUUUCCGGUUGAGCCACGGCGGAGAAGUCGAGGCAGACGGAAACUGUCUUUUUACGGCUUGUGGGAAAUCAAUGGGGGUUAAAACGGUGUCGUACGCGAGAGAUCUGAGACGGAGGACUGUGCGGAGGUUCUUGGAAGAUCUUGGAUCGGAGAAAGAAGCGAUUGAAUCGGCGAUUAAGCACAUGUAUUCUCCGGAUCUGAAAUCUGGUUGGGGUAUUCAUGUGGUUCAAGAGCUGAAGCUAUUAGCUAAGAAGGACGAUAGGGAGGUUCUGGAAUCGGCUAUUUCCGAGCUUGUUCACCUCGGAAUGCAGCGAGAAUUGGCUGCUGAGUCUAUAUACAAAGAGAGAUGCAUAGCUGUGGAUGAUGGUCCAAGUUGGGCAAAGUACAUGUCGAUUUCUGGUUCACCUGAUGAUGAAUAUGAUAUCAUCACUUUGCAGUAUACUGAGGACGGUUUAUUAACUGUAGAUGAAAAUUGUGAUGGUCAUGCGGCUGCAUUUGGAGACGAUAUAGCUAUUGAGUGUCUUGCAACCGAGUUUAAAAGAGAGAUCUUUGUGGUGCAAGCUCAUGGAUCGGAUGCAAUGGUUGAUGAAGAAAAUUGUGUCUUCUUUCUGCCACAUCGUCCCAAAUGUGAAAUAUGUGAACCUCCUCUCUUCCUUUUCAUGAAAGGAACAGGUUGGUGUGGUGCUGGGGCGGAUCAUUAUGAGCCUCUUAUUGCUUCUCCUUCAGCUUAUGUUUCGCAGGAAAAGGUAGCAUUGGUUCUGUAGGUAAUUAGUUGAGGUGGUUAAGAGAGGUGGUAGUUAGUUAUUUGGUUUUCAAUUGGAAAGAUGUUCCCGAUUCUUUUCUAGGUUUAAGAAGGAAGAUGUCCAAUUGGGACAUCAAAUUUUUGUUGAAGAGGGUAUGUAGGAUUUCGAAGUCCAUCAUCAGGCAUGCCUGCGUGGUCUGGCCUGGUUAUAUUUAGUUUUGUUGCCGGCUCGUUUUGUUGUGCAUUUUUUUUGAGGCUAGUUGUAGUUUUGCUGCUGAGUGCUGUGGGGGUUCUAUUCUUUUGAGAGGUGUAGUACACUUAAUUUGUUGUAACUCAUGCUGAAUUCCAAUCUUAACAAGGAAAAUGGCUUCUCUCUUCAUUGUCAGUUGUUUU